AUGUUUAUCCAAAUCCUUUUGACUAAAGGAUUGUCCGCAUCCAACAAGAUAACUACAUCAUUUUCACAGACAAAUAAUAGUAAUAAUGCUAACUUUGACAUUAAACUUCCAAAUUCGGUAUCAACUACAUAUGAUAACAGGGGAUGGUACGUUGUAUUUAGAGAAUAUGCAAAUGGUAAGGCAGGAAAUCUGCAAUAUGUAACAGGUACUAAUAAUGGCGUUGCUAACUACGAUGAUUUAAAUUUCAUUACAAAAUUAAGCGUUGAUUCCGUUACAAGCCAUUUAAAAGUUCUUUUUGAAAUUACUAAUAAUGGUAACUCACCUAAAACCAUUGAUGUUGGUGUUUUCGCUGAUAUUUUUAUUGAUAAAGAUGACUUCGCAAAAAUUACACCUCUUCAAGGCAAUAGAGGAUUUACAAUGAUUGAUCAAAGUUCUGGAAAGAAGCUUACUUUGUUAUUAAAAGAUUCCAAGGACGUCACAAACGUUGAUACAUUUUUCUACGGUGGAAAAGAUGAUUCUUAUAUGACUGAUGAAAAGAGAUAUACUACAGAUAAGUUCCCUUAUUUCAAGAACAUGGAUUAUGUAACAAAUUAUGAAGGAGAUUAUGACAGUGUUUUCUCAUUUUCAUGGCAAAAGAAAACAAUAAAUCCACAAGAAACUUUGUCAUUAAGUGUUGUUGCAGGAGCUGAUGCUGAUACAAGUACUCCACCUUAUAUCAAACUGACAAAGGAAAUCAAUGAAAGAUACAAUAAAAAUGAUAAAAUAACAGUUCAAUUCGAUGUUUAUGAAUUUGAUUAUCAAUAUGAUAAUUCUGAAUUUGUUAAAGUUUAUUACGAGUUUGAUGGUAAAAAACUCCUUUAG